AAAUCAAAAAAGAAAAAAAAAACCACAAAAAUGAAACCGAGUUAACUCGAUCAACUCGGUGAAAACUCAACAAAGUCCACAGCUAUCAAGUUUUCUUCUUCUUCUUCUUCUUCUUCUUCUUCUUCUUCUCCAACACUCUGUCUUUAACCGUUCACAUCUCUGCAAUUUCAAAAAAGCAAGAUGAUGGUCGAAGAUUUAGGAAUUGAAGCUAAGGAAUCUGCAGUUCGCGAGGUUGCGAAGCUCUUGCCUCUUCCUGAGCUUUUGCUAUCCAUUUCUUCAAUCAAGGCAGAUUACAUUGCACGUCAACAGGCAAAUGAUGCACAACUUAGCACCAUGGUGGCCGAACAGGUUGAACAAGCACAAGCUGGCCUAAAAGCACUUGCUUCAUCUGAGAAGACAGUAAAUCAUCUCCGUGAGAACUUUGUUAGUAUCGAGAGGUUAUGUCAAGAAUGCCAAACGUUAAUUGAAAAUCAUGACCAGAUUAAGCUUCUUAGCAAUGCGCGGAAUAACUUAAACACCACAUUGAAGGAUGUAGAAGGGAUGAUGUCAAUUUCUGUUGAAGCUGCUGCAGCGCAUGAUUCUUUAAGUGACGAUAAAGAGCUCAUCAACACAUAUGAGAGGUUAACAGCUCUUGAUGGAAAGAGGAGGUUUGCAUUAGCGGCUGCCGGAUCUCAUAAAGAGGAGGUUGGCAGACUAAGAGAAUAUUUUGAAGAAGUAGAUCGGACAUGGGAGACAUUCGAGCAGACGUUAUGGUCACAUAUUUCCAACUUCUUUGACCUUGCUAAAGAAAGCCCGCAAACACUCGUACGUGCUUUAAGGGUUGUUGAAAUGCAAGAAAUUCUCGAUGAGCAAAUCGCUGAAGAAGCUGCUGAGGCUGAAGGUGGUGGUGCAAUGGCAUCAAUAGCAAAUCCUAACAGAGCUGGCAAAAAAUCUACCUCUGCAAAUGCAUCUUCUAAAAACUCAGCAGUGCAAAAGGCAAAACAGGGAAAAGGCUACAAAGAUAAAUGUUAUGAGCAAAUAACAAAAGCUGUUGAAAAAAGAUUUAGCAAACUUUUAUCCGAAAAUGUUUUUGAAAACCUUAAAGGCGCAAUAGAGGAGGCUAAAAAGAUUGGGGAAGAGCUCGGAGAUAUAUAUGAUUAUGUGGCUCCUUGUUUUCCUCCAAGAUAUGAAAUAUUCCAGCUCAUGGUAAAUCUGUACACAGAGAGAUUUAUUCAGUGGCUAAGACUGCUGAGUGAUCGCGCUAAUGAUAUUACAAAUAUCGAAAUCUUAAAGGUAACUGGGUGGGUGGUUGAGUACCAAGAAAACCUUAUUGCACUUGGAGUUGAUGAAUCAUUAGCUCAAGUUGUUUCAGAAAGUGGUGCAAUGGAUCCCCUAAUGGAUUCGUAUGUUGAGAGAAUGCAAGCAACAACAAGGAAAUGGUAUAUGAAUAUUCUCGAGGCUGAUAAAGUACAACAACCAAAGUCAACAGACGACGGGAAGCUUUAUACCCCAGCUGCUGUUGACUUAUUUAGAAUCCUUGGAGAACAAGUGCAAAUCGUUAGAGAAAAUAGUACAGAAGUCAUGUUAUACAGAAUUGCAUUGUCCAUCAUUCAGGUAAUGAUUGAUUUCCAAGAGGCUGAAAAAAAGAGACUGGAAGAACCUGCUUCUGAGAUUGGUUUAGAACCAAUAUGUGCCAUGAUAAACAAUAAUUUGCGUUGUUAUGAUCUUGCUAUGGAGCUAGCUUCUAGCACUCUUGAAGCCCUUACAGAAAAUUAUGCGGAGCAGGUUAAUUUUGAAGACACCUGUAAAGGCUUUCUGGAGGUUGCAAAGGAAGCUGUAAUUCAAACCGUCAAUGUCAUAUUUGAUGAUCCAGGAGUGCAGGAAUUACUGGUCAAACUUUAUCAUAAAGAAUGGAGUGAAGGACAGGUUACUGAAUACCUAGUGGCAACAUUUGGUGAUUAUUUUACGGAUGUGAAGAUGUAUAUUGAAGAAAGAUCAUUUAGGCGAUUUGUUGAAUCCUGUCUCGAACAAACGGUCAUUGUUUACAUUGACCAUCUUAUGUCUCAGAAAAAUUACAUCAAGGAGGAAACAAUUGAACGGAUGAGACUUGAUGAAGAGGUUCUUAUGGAUUUCUUCAGGGAAUACAUAAGUGUUAACAAAGUUGAAAACAGACUGAGGAUACUGAUUGAUUUGAGAGAGCUUGCAUCGGCCGAGAGCCCCGAUACUUUCACUCUUGUUUACACAAACAUUCUCGAACAUCAACCUGAUUGCCCACCUAUUGUUGUUGAGAAACUUGUUGGACUGCGUGAAGGAAUACCGCGUAAAGAUGCAAAGGAGGUUGUACAAGAAUGCAAAGAAAUAUACGAGAAUUCUCUCAUCGAUGGAAACCCACCGAAGGCAGGUUUUGUCUUCUCCAAAUUGAAGUCGCUCAACACAUCAAAAAUCACUAAUAUUUUGCGAAAGCUGCAUUAACUCUGUUAAUUGUCUGCGAUUUCCUGUAUGUAUUCAUGCCUAAAUUUCCUUUCCCUGUAAAACUAUUACCGCCUGUAUGUGUUGCGUUUCGUAAUUAGUUGAGAUUAUAUUAUAUAAAAUCUAUGUUUACCAGAA